CCCAAGCGUUCUUCGCGUUCUCUCUCAACGCACGGAGUAUCGGAACUAUCAUUGUUUUCGCCUUACGAGUACCGUACCGUACCGUACGGUACCGGCCGGUAGGAAAAAAUGCUGUCGGCCUCGUCUUGCGUUUGGUAUGUGCCGUACGUACGCUACUGUAUUCCUUCCAUGCGGUACGAGUACGAGUACUCGCACCAGUAGGUACGACACAACAUACCUUUCUGUUCGUAGUCGUACUUCUACAACACAAGAAUAGCAUAUCGUACGGUCCCAGCAUCAUUGACGCAGCCCACCGCCUAACCAACUCCACUCCACCACAACAAGAGUAAUAGACGUAGAAGAAGACUGAGUUCGGUUUGGUUUUGUUUCCUUUGAUUCGAUUUGAUUUGAUUCGACUCGUCACAGACAGCUAGCUCCCUCCCGCACACCCCGACUUGCUUCCGUCCUCCUCUCGGUCGCUUCUGCUCCUGCUCCAGCUUCGCCCCCGCCAACCAUGUCCUUCGAGGAUCCCAUCGCAUCGCUGGUUCCCCUGGCGGGCUGCAAGAAGCCCAGGCUCUCGCCGGACCUCGGGGGCACGGGGGGCUCGGCCCGCCACGACUCGUGCGUCCUGCACCCGUCGGCGUGCUCGGCCCUCCAGGAGUUUGUCAACCCCCUCGACCUCGACGCCGUGGUGGACCACCCCACCUGUAGCAGCGUGGGGUCCGUCCCGAUCGGCCACUGCGGAUCGCACCUGCUGGGGCACAAGCGCGUCUGCGCGGUGACCCCGCACGGGUGCCGGGAUCCGGGCACCUGGGUCCGGCCCUCCCAGGGACAGAGCGAGUACAUCAACGCCGACGGCGGGUGCACGAUCCUGCGGGACCGGAACUACAGGGACGACCACCACGACUACGGGACCGGGGGGGCGCUGACGAGGUACGUUGGCUGCAACGGAAGGUCCCUUGCAAGCCUGGCGUUUGGGGCCGUCACGGAGGACGGGUCCAUCUGCGUGGCGGUGGUCUCGGAGUGCCUCGGGCUGGCGGGGGACGACKCCUUUGGCGGGGACACCAUCGACGUCACGGUGGACGUGGCCCACCCGGGCUGCGACUGCAGCAAGACGAGGACCGGGGCCUGCUUCAAGGUGGAGGACGCCCUCAACCAGGACGUCAACGGACCGGUGCUGAACCGCUAUUUCUGUGCCGUYGACGAGACCGUCUGCGACCCGGACCUCGGCCUCACCUACCAGAGCGUCGGCCAGCUGAUGCGGUUCACGGASAUUGACUGCCGGCUCUGCGACGCCAGGACGGUCGAGGACUACCUCCUUUCCGUCUCGGCGGCAGGCGGCGGUGGCGGUGCCUACGGGGUGUCCAUCGGGGCGGCGGCGGUCAUUGGGAUCUCUGCGGGCCUGACCCUGGGGCUGGUCGCCCUGGCGGCGGUGUGCUGGUACCGCCGGACCAGCAAAGGCGCAGGGACCCUUUUCCCCGCGGGCGCCCCMGGCGAGAGCGGAACACAAGUCCACGCCGCCGAGUUUUCCUGAUGGUAGGCACGCAACCGUGUAUGUGUACAGAAGGUGUAUAUGUGUAUGCAUAUGCACAUGCA